AUGUUGCUUGCCAGACUACUCAAGUACUUUACAGGGACUGCCUACCUCUCCGUCAAAGACUCGAAACAAAAGGACGCGCAGAUUCCAGACAUCAGAUUCAAGAGCCCACCCCUAGAACUAUUCCCCUUUGCCGACGCACCCCUGCCAGGUGGAUUAGUGGAGUCAGACUUCACCAUCGAGCUCCUAAUCGAGAUGAUCACAUCUCCCACCGCCCCCACGCCCUCCCACAUCCACCUCCUCUCCGUCCUCCUAUCAAAACAGACCCCUCCCAGGUUCUCCGCGCUCCAGCCCGUGCUAUAUCGGUUAUGUUCUCGACGGUCCAGCCUCACCCUCCAAGCACUCGGCUACGAAGUCAUGGCGGCUUACUGGAACAACUCCAAAGUGAAGAACGCGAGCUGGCCCACGACGUCUGAUGCACUUUCGUGUUUGACAUUCUUCCUUGACCCGAAGUCGCGUUGGCAUCUGGAUCUGUGGGAGGUGCGCUUUAAGGCGUUGGCUGCUGUGACCAAGGACGGGACGGACUUGCGUGGGAUUGAGACUGUGGUCAUCGAGGUUAUCAAAGACUGCAUCCUGAAUGCGUUCCGUCUUUUGAUCAACCCGCCAAAAGGGAUGCCGGUCCCUCCUCCCUCGGAGUGCGAGCGGUGCAUCGUAGUCGUCGGGAGGUUCCUCCACGAGCUGUUCGCCUAUCGCGCUAACAUUGCGAGGAUUAAAGACGAUGUACUGGAGAGCGUCUUCCAAUUCUACGCGGAUCUCAUCGACGACCACAUCCAUCUGCCACUUCCUCAAUCUCAAACAGUCCUCUCACCGACCGAAGUCCAUGCAGUCCCAGAAAGAUCGACACGGCGCGGUCACAAACGCCGAGCCCCAUCCUUAACAAGCUUCAUGUUCCUCGCUUCACCCACGCCGACAGCCGAACAAUCCCACCCCCUCCCGACCAAAUCCAAACACCCCGCUGAAAUCGCCAUCUCGCUCUUCCUUGGGCAUGUCGGCACCCAUCUCCUCAACCUAUCCAAGAAACAAUUCGAGCAGGUGCUACCGUUGCUAUUUAGGUCUUUGGCAUUUUGUGCCUCGCCGCUACCGCGUCUGACAGUUGAGCCUCAAGUCGCUGGGCCGAAGACGCUGGAGAAUCGGAUCGUGGAGAUCCUGAACACGCUCGUUCCGAGUCCGAUGUCCAACGUGUCACUGAGGAUUUUAAGGAAGCAUCUUACGCCUCGGCAUGUUGGUGGUGUCGCGUUGCCUACAGCUGAAACCCCAACUGGGGAGGAGAACAGAGAGGAGGAAAGUGACAACGGAAACGGCGUGCGCACCAAAACCGCUUCAGCCGCAGUCGCACAGGACAACGCCAAGGCGAUCCGGUCGUACACGCUCAUGAUCAUGACCUCCCUAGGUGCCAGCCGGACGCUCCGAAACUACAUCCGCCGGGCGCUUACGACGCGGCUGGAGAAGGCGUACCAGCCCCAGCAGGUGGCUGGGGGCAAAGAGGCGACCGGCCGUAGCUCCAUCGAUCAGGACCUACUGGAUGUUGCGUGGUUGAAACAUGAUCAUGGGCAGGGCCGGCCCGCCACCGAGUCUGGUGAAACGCGGGUGAUAUCCUCGAGUAUCGAUGCGUGGGUGGGUUGGUCGCCGGGGCUGCCUGAUCUGGGGAAGGGCGGUUCGCCGCAGGGUGAUAUGUGGGAUAGGAUUAUGGAGGGGAAGGAGAAUAUUCUGGAGGAGAUGGCUGGGAUUGUGAAGGAUAUCUACCAGGAGUUUGACUCGAGGGAGGAUGGCGGGGUGCACGUUGAUGCGUCUGAACUUGAUCAUACCAACGAUGCGCUCCAGAGUCUGGCCAAGUAUAUCUUCACCCUCCGGUCCCCCGAUGGCAGUCCGUUCAUCAUUAAUGUCUUCCACCCCGGUGAAUCUCCCACUCCGUUGUUGCGCAGCAUCACCACGCUUCUUUCCCGGGACUUUCAUGAUUCGCAAAAGUCGCUGCUGGCGGACAUCUUGAUUCAAGGGUGCGAGCAUGUCACGGACGAGAACACUGCACGGAUUCCAGUCCUUAUGACCGACAACUACGACCUUCUCCCCCUGACAUCGACGUGGUUGGAGCAUUGGAAGCGACUCUUCGACCCGCGAUUGCUAUCCGUCAACCGCCCCCACACGAGGCGCACCAUCAUCGAGACGCUGUACGAGGUCUAUGACUCUGUCAGGGAGAGUCAGUCGUAUCGAAAGGCGCUCGCUCAGCUCGUCAUGAGUGAAGCAGGCAUCUUGAUUGCAGCGGAAUCCUCGGAACUCGUUUUCUCGAUCCUGGAAGAGGAAGCUAUUUCAGUGAUCUCUGAAAGUGAUCAACUCCAGGAAACGGGUGCGGUGGGAGAACACGAUCCCGUCCAGCUUCUCACUUCCAUCUUUUUCAACAACCCAGACGAAUCCACUGCUUUACACGUCGUCCGGAGCCUCAUUCACGUGUUCACAGAAAUCGCAUUCAAGUCACUUUCUUUCAGCACGGCUAUUCAAGAAGUAGCGGUUACUAUCUUCAAUACCUUCCUUCAAGCCCUUUCUCGACUAUCGCACCCCGAACCUAGGGUGAUGAUCCUCCAGUUCCUCAUGCGAUGGCGGGCUGAUCGGGACCAUCGCGUCUACUUUGCCCUGGAGGGUUACGACACCAAUCAUUCCAUUGCCUAUAUGGCGUCGCUCAUCAACCGACUUCCUGACUCUCUUAUGAGAGCGCACAAGGACGAGAUCCUGGAAGAGCAUGUUGCCCGGAAGAGGCAACAUCGGUCCCGCACGACGUAUUCACGAACACCAACAUCCCAAGGUCUUCUGGGUCGAGGUCGGUCGCAGACUGUGUCCGAGGUGAAGGAGACGAAGCACCACAAAACCCUUUGGCACCUCCCGGAAACGCUUCCGUUCAAGGUUCCCGAGCCGGAUACAGUCAAGCACGGACUGCGCUCGUUUGGUGAAGGCGUGCUCCUCCCGAUAUCGAAGUACAUCGCGGUGUUGGCGGAUCUGAUCGAGACCGACUCCAGCUGGGAGGUGGUGUCGUACAUUCUGGUGCACCUACCCGUCCAACUCGCCAACAAGCAUCUCUUCUGCGGGCCCACCACUCGAACCUCGAUUAUCAAGCUGUUGUAUGUCCUCACGAAGGGCGUCAUCGAUGGUUCACUGGCUUCGCAGACGGCCGACGAUUGCCCUGAGGGGCUGAAGCUCCGCGAUCUGCAAGGCUUGGCUCACCAUACCCUCUCCACGCUCAUCAGUUACAAGACAUAUUUCGAUCUACAACAACGCCAGUUGCUUAUUGAAGCGUUCUUCUCUGGACUCAACGGACAGUUCUCGACCAUCAAAUGCUGUUUGCACGCUCUUGCGCUCACGGCCUUCGAGAUGAGCACCUCGCUCUCCAGGUCCCUCCCCAAGAUUUUGGAGAAGCUCGCCCAGAUCAUGUCCAAUCCCAACAUGGCUGUCCACAUCUUGGCCUUCCUCGUGAUGGUCGGCUCGCUCCCGACUCUCUACGCCAGCUUUACGGAGGAGGAUUUUAAGAUGGUCUUUGGUGUUGCGCUGCAGUAUCUGCAGCAUUACAAUCAACUUCAAGAAUCGCCAACGCGGUCGUGGGCGUUGUCCCAGCACGUUAGGCAACAGUCCUUCGUGACGCUCUACACGUGGUUCUCCGUCCUCAAACUCCGGGAUCGAGAAAUUCAUAUCCCGUAUAUCACUCGACAGCUUCUCUUGGCCAACGAAGGAAGGGAAGGGGUAGAUGGUCUUACUCAAGUCUGCUUCGACUGGUUGGCGCGCAACACCCAUGGCAUCGCCAGUGCUGAGAAGUUAAAGCUGCAGGACGUCGUCCUACAGCCUAAUAUCGCGAAACCCGAGCGACCUGCCCUGUCGAAGACUUGGAUGUUCGGGAACUCGUUCUUAACGAUGAGGGAUUUGGAGAGGCCGGGGUGGAUUGAAGUGGUUUCUCGCCGACCUUCAGGGUCGGCUGGUCUCAUUUGUCGGCGGGAUCAUUUCUUGGAGGUCAUGAAGGAUGGCGGGCCUCCGGCGUUGAAGGCUUUGUUCAUGGACGGCCAGGAUAACGGUGGAAGUGACGAACCACCACCUGACGAGGCAUCCAACACCGACUCUGCUACUGACAAGGACUAUGAAGCGGAGUUGGACCCUAUCUCCUUUGCCUCCCACCUUUUCUUCCACAUGAGCCCUCUUCCAGAGACAACUCCGGAACUGACAGACGUCAGCGACGCUCCCACCCUAUCGAAAUCCUUGGGAUUAUUAGAUCGUACCCCCGUCAUCGACACUCACAAGGUGGGAAUCAUGUACGCUGGACCAGGUCAGACCAACGAGAUCGAGAUUCUGGCCAACACCCAUGGUUCCCAGGCGUACAGUCGCUUCCUCGACGGGAUCGGAAGGCUGGUUCAUCUCAGGACAGAGAAAGAGGUCUACACUGGCUCGUUGGAUCCAGAAGAAGAUGGCGAGUAUGCCUAUGCGUGGUGGGAUGAUAUCAGGCAGAUUCUGUUCCACACUGCCACGCUCAUGCCUAACCGCGAACACGACCCGAUGUUCAACUACAAGAAGAGACAUAUCGGUAACGACUACGUUCGCAUCAUCUGGAACGACUCUGGUCUCCCCUACGCCUUCGAUACGCUCAAAACCGCCUUCCAGUUCGUGAACAUCAUCAUCGAACCCCAUUCCGUCGGAACGAUAUGCGCAUUCUCUAAUGACGCCCACGAAAACGAGUAUUUCCGUGUCAUUGUACAGACUGCGGAAGGGAUGACGGAGUGCACACCGGUCGGCCAGUUCAAGAUCGUCUCCGCCGUCAACCUCCCCCACAUUGUUCGACACCUCUGCAUCUUUGCUGAUUGCUUCACUUCAAUCUUCUCUUCAACGGAUCAUGAUACCCUUCGUGUGGAGAUCAAGUCUAAUUGGAACUCGAGGCUUGACUCUAUGGAACGCUUCAGAAAGAAUGUUUUGUCGUUACAGCAGCAGAAUUCGAACGAUAAUGGUAGUACUACUUCCACUUCGGUUCACAUUUAA